AUCACCAAAGUGAAGGCUGCAAGCAGUGUUGGAGGCCAUCUGAUGUAUACCAUUGAACAAGGAAACGAUGAUGGCCUGUUCAGUAUUGAUAUGGAUACAGGAGCUAUAAGCGUGAAUGGAGAUUUGGAUGCAGAAGAAACUUCCGCGCACAAUUUGACUGUCAUGGCAAGGGAUGUAACGAGGAAUAGCUUGAACUCGACAGCUUUGGUCAUUAUACAGGUCCUUGGUGUAAACGACAAUGGUCCAAGAUUCGAGCAUCUGAUCUACCGAGCCAAUGUGUCUGAAGCUACCCCAGUAGAUUCUCAGCUGAUUACUGUAAAAGCAUUAGAUCCCGAUGGAGACAAUAUAAUCACUUAUGGAGUAACUGGGCAAGAUUCGAAAGUUGUUCAUGUGGAUCCUGCCACUGGAGUUGUCCGAUUGGCACAAAUGCUUGAUUUUGAAAAGAAACAGCGUUACGAGGUCACUUUGGUGGCAGCAGAUGGCUCACAGUUGACUGGAGAAGCAAAACUUGUGCUAAUGGUUGAAGACGUAAAUGACGAACCGCCGAAGUUCUCCACAUCAUUUGCUGCCGCUACAGUAUCUGAUACAGCCCCUGCUGGACAGUUCAUAGCAAUUAUGAGUGUCACCGAUGAGGAUACCGUAUCUUCAAUUGCGGACGGGCAUAGACUUUUGUACUCCAUCAUCGAGGGAGAUGAAACCCUUUUUGGUGUAUCUGAACACAGUGGAGAAGUGACCCUCUUGCGAUCUAUCGAUGCUGAUGACAUUGCUGGGGAUAAUUUGAAGAAGACGUUGAAUGUAUCUGUGUCGGAUGGACUAUUUACUGCUUAUGGACAGCUGACCAUAUCGAUUGCGGUAUCUGGACGUCGUCAACCACCUCCACGAUUCGAGCAGAGUCAAUAUGUUGUGGCGUUGAGGGAGAAUAAUGCGCUGACCAAUAAGACUUCGAUUUUGACGGUCCAAGCUCGAGAUGGUGUUCCGCCUCUUCAUUAUACCAUCGGAAAUGGAGAUUCGCGAACAAAACCGCUGCGCAUAGAUAAAACUUCUGGAAGAAUUCAUCCGAAGAUCAUCUUCAAUUAUAAUACUCAGCAUACUCAUAGGGUUCCCCUCAUGGUUGAAGAUGCUAUUGGUCGAAGAGCAUUCAGCACUCUUACCGUAAAUGUUAUCGACGAGAACGAUAGUCCACCAGUAUUUGUGACCUCCAAGUAUUCCACCUCCGUAUCUGCUAGCGCUCGUGAAGGUGAAGCACUUCUUAUGGUGUCGGCUACAGAUGAGGAUGUUGACGAUGCCAUCGAAUACACCUUGAUGGGAGAUGAUAAAGUCGCCUCUGCCUUCAAAGUGCAUCCUCGACAUGGGACACUGUCCGUUGCGGGACCGCUAUUGCCAUUUGUGGGAAAAACAGUCAAUGUCGCUGUAAAGGCUACUGAUCAAGCAAAUCCACCACAUCAUGCAACUGCUCAGGUAAAUGCAUUUCUUUUUUUCUUUAUAUAG